AUGUCGAUUACAUAUUAUACCAAACUAGAUCAAUUACAAGUUAAGAUUUAUGAUUUGCUCAGUUCUUUAAGUCAAUUGCCUGAUCUUGAAGACGAAGCAAGUUUCCAAACAUCAUAUAAUAAUAUAACACUAGAAAUUGAUCAAUUGUUGAUUGAUUAUAAGGAUUAUCUUCGUAUUUUGAAAUCAAAAGAUAAAUCAAAUCGUUUAAAAACCUAUGAAUUGAAAUAUCAAUCAUUAAAGCAAAAAUUGCGUAAUUUACAAGUUUACAUAAAUGAACAAAAACAAGAUAAAUUACAUGAGUAUAGAAUUAAACAUUUCAAUCUUGAUAAUAAACCAAAAGAAGAUGAUUCUACAAAUGACACAACUUCAGCAAGAGAUCAAUUAUUUGCUAAUAGAUCACAAAAAAUUCAAAAAGAAUCAGAAUUAUCAAUUAAUCAACAAAUAGUUCAACAAAAUAAACAAAUAACUAAAUCUUUACAAACUUCAAGACAAUUAUUAUCGGCUAGUAUUUUACAAAGUGAAUUAAAUAUUGAAAAUCUUGAUCAACAAACUAAAGAUUUAUAUAAAUUAAAUGAAAAUUUCUUACAAUUUAAUGAUUUAUUAAAUAAAUCCAAACAAAUUGUUAAAUUUAUUGAAAAACAAGAUAAAGCUGAUCGUCAAAGAAUUUAUUUAAGUAUGGGGUUUUUCAUUCUUUGUUGUUGUUGGGUUGUUUACAGAAGGAUUUUGAGAAGACCAAUAAAAAUCUUACUAUGGUCUUUUUUUAAAAUAUUCAACAUAUUUGGAUGGUUAUUUGGUGGAAGCGGAAGUGUUGGAAAAGUUACUGAAGAGUUAUCAACUACUGAGAUACUAAUGUCUACGAUUGUUGCUGCUACAUCGUCUGUUCUUGAUGAAAUUGCAGAUACAACGAGCUUGAUAGAAUCGGUUGUGGAUGCACUUAGUUCUGGAGAGUCAAUUAUCGAAUCAGUUACAUCUACGGUAUCAGAAAGAAUUGUCGACGAAUUAUAG